AUGGGGGUGGUUGAUAUCUUUCAGAUUCUUGUGACAUUUGCUCAGCAUUUGUCCAUUAUUAGUAGUUUCAACAUUCCAUGGCCUGCACAAUGGAAUGGAUUUCUAGCCGUCAAAAAUUUAAGGCUGGAUCUAUCUGUGCAAUUUACGACAUAUGUGCCAGCUAUUGAUUUCCGGGCACAGUACAUUAUACUGGCCUACUUUAUACCCAUGUUUAUUACCCUGUUCAUGUUGAUUUUCUUCAAGUCUCCACAAGUUGUCGUUUGGUAUGGAUUGCUGCUAGGAUGUUUUGGAUGUCUUGCUGCCGGAAUCGCAUUACAAUUCAUACCAACAACACAAUAUUCGUCACAACAAAACAUUGCUUCCAUUUUGAUGUCGGCUGGUGGUGGUGGAGCUGGAUUUCUCCUUGUAGUCUACCUCAUCAUAUGGGCAGUCAGAAGACACUUAGCAAAGAGAAAGAAAGCGAGAAUUCACGCUGCAAGCUCUGGACAUCCAAAUGUCGCCGACAUUUUGAACGCUAGAAGUGUCUCAACGGUUGCUCUGUCGAAUGAAAUCAAACCAAACUUGAAGCUUUUGGCUUCUGGGUCGCAUUACAAGAUGAAGCCAUGGUGGAAGAUUCUACGCAACAUGAUUGUAGCCGGUGCUUUGUUAUAUUCUGGAUUGCUGCUGGUCGGAGCAACUUCAAAUCCAUACACAAGUGACUACUUGUCUCAAGUUGAGGGACAGCAAAUCCAGCCCAUUGCUAUUGCUUUGGGCACCAUCUUGUUGGUCUUUGGAACUCUCUUGUCCUACAACAUUAUAUCUGGAUUCUUUUUGGCUGGACGCAAAAUGAACAAGAGAAUGAACUCCUUCUUCAGAAAGAACAUGACACAAUUUGCUUUACUUGGCAUGGUCAUUCUGUACAUUCCCCAAACUACGGCUGUUUUCAACGUGUUUCCGUGUACUCAAAUUACUUGCUCUGCAGGUCAACAAUUCGUUACGAAUCGAAUUGAUUUGGACAUUACAUCCAUCUCUUCAACCUUUUUGAGAAACACUACAAACAGUACCGCAUGCACAGCAUGUACUUUCCAGUCGACUUGUCCUGCCAAUGUUGCAGCUCAAUUGUGUCCUUCUGUGUCCGAUUUGCGACUGAACAAGGACCCUUCACUAUCUUGCAUCUCAGAAGUAUACCCCUUCUACCUCCCAGGAGCUGUUCUCGUCGUCAUAUCAGCUACACUUGGAUUCCCAUGGUUGAUCCACACCCUCGUAUCCGUUGUAUCCCAAUUCCUCAAAGACAUUCCCCCACUCGGGGCCACAACUCAAGCCGAGUCGUGGCUCAUCCACGGUAGUCUGUCCCAAAACAGUUGCAAAUCCCUGUACUUUGGAUACCACUACAAGUGGAGAUACUACAAUUUGAACGUUGUGGUUCAAAAGUUCUUGGUUGUUGCUGUCUUUGUGUUUUCAGUUUAUCAUGAGAUCGCUAUUGCGACGGUGAUUGCGUGCAUCCACUGUUUCUUUUUCAUAACUGCAUUGUACUCGAGGCCGUACGUCAACAUUACUGAGACCGUCCUAUCAAUCGCCUGUGUCGGCCUUAACGCAGCAAACUCUGUCCUCGCCGUCCUCGUCGCCUUCCAACUCAAUGUUCCCCCAAACACCAUCUACGCAGUCGCAACCGGUAACCUCGCAAUCCCAAUCCUCUGUAUCGUAGUCGGCUCCUACUUUGAAGCCAGACUCCAGAAACGCAUCAUUGAAUCCCAGAAAGCGCGAAUCGGUGGUGCACCCGCCAACAAGGUGCAACUCGCCAAGGACCGUGGACGACGCGUGCACGCUGAUCCGGGGCAAGAUGAAGCUCUGCCGUCCUUCAUGGCCAGCCGUAAAGUUCCUAGUAAAGGAGCUAAAGGCAAGGCAAAUGUUUCGAAUCAGCAUCAUCAGCAUGCUGCUAUUGCUACUCGUGGGUAUGAGGAGCAGGGUGGAUAUGAUGGAGAUAAUUUGGAUCGCGAGUCUGAAGAAUCGGAAGAUGAGUACGAGUAUGAGGAUCACAGACAGGACAAAAAGACGCUCAAGGAUAAGAAAAAGAAGAAGAAGCCUGAGAUGACACCGGAAGAGAAGAGACUUGUUGAGUUGGUCAAAAGACUUGACGGACAACUCAACGUAUUCCUCCUUCGAGUCCUGGUCCAAUUCUUCUUGGUGAUGGGCCUCGCCGUCUUUUUGGGUCUCUGCAUGACCGGUAUCGGAAUCAUCCGUAUUGCUUCAGACAGUGAUGUCGUUGGUGCAACAAGUUAUGCCGAGCUCUCAAACACGAGCGCAACAAACUUUGAAUUUGCUGGCUACGCUUCGUGGUCUGACUUUACGUCCAACUGCUGCUGCUCAACGACAACCUCAUCAUAUACCAAUACCUCGACAUCGUUAUACGAAAUGUGGAAGUGUUUGCCAAACAGUUAUUCGGGUAGCUCGCUGUUUUACAAGAAGAGGAAACGAUCUGAUACGUUUGUAGGAAGUGGAAUUGUUCUUCGUGAUUACUGUUCCACUACUUUCAAUCCCGCUGUUGUUUGUGGAGGACCUACGCUGAAUGUUAAUGGAUCUGUUGCAGUCACCCUAUGCUCUGGCGUAACAUUAGCAGCAGGCCAAACUGCACUAUACUGGUAA